AUGCGGACAAGGCGUAUCUCCUUGUACUCAGCCAAAGUGCAGAAUGCCUCAGAUAUCCAGCAUGUUGUUCGUUUUGCCAGUGCACACGAUCUGCGACUGGUCAUUAAGAACACCGGCCAUGAUUUUUUGGGACGUUCGACAGCUCCUGAAUCACUGCAAAUCCUGACGCAUUCAAUGAAGCAAAUCGAACUGCUCGAUGAUUUCCUUCCAAAGGGUGCACCGAAGAACAUGAGUGAAGGUCCAGCAGUUCAUCUUGCGGCCGGUGUGCAGCUUCCGGAACUGUAUGCUGCGGUGGGAUGCCACAACCGUACAGUCAUCGCCGGAUCAUGCCAUAGUGUUGGCGCAGCUGGUGGCUAUAUCCAAGGCGGAGGCCAUUCACCUUUUGGGGCCUGGAAGGGUCUUGCCUCGGAUAAUGCACUUGAGUUUGAAGUGGUGACAGCUGAUGGCGCCCUCGUACUUGCCAACGCAUAUCAAAAUACAGACCUCUUUUGGGCCCUACGAGGUGGUGGCGGAGGGACUUUUGGUGUGCUUCAGUGGAAAACCCCCCGGUUUUGGGAUGCCUGGACGGAGUGGCACGCAGCUCUUCCCUCACUUAACGAUGCAGGAGGCUCGGGUUACUAUUUCAGCUUCCCUAAUCUGCCUUUGAACACCAACACAAGUGUUUCUACUUUGAUCUCCCUUCUCAUGUUCCCAGAGAAGACAAACACUACCGAGAUUGACCAGUUGUACUUGCCGCUGGUGUCCAAAUUGGAAAAGAUCCCAGGCAUCACAGUCCAGAAAAUGGCAAUUCCCUUUCCCAGUUUUAACUCGACCGUAUUCGACGUUCUUUUGGCAGGCCAGCCAUAUGACAGCACAGGAAGCACUGCUAUGCUGGCCUCGCGACUUUAUUCAAAGGAUCUUUUGACAUCUCAAGAUGGACCAGCCCGGCUGACCAAUGCCUGGAAGAGUCUUGGGUGGGCCCCCGGUGCAGCGAUUACCGGCCAUGUGGCUGCGGGUGGCGCCGUUGCAGCCAACGGUGACAAGAUUCAUAGUGCUGUCAACCCAGCUUGGCGAAAGACUGUGACCCACCUACUCUUCUCUAAGGGUUGGGAUGCUACUGCUACGCUCGAAGAGCAGCAAGUCAUAAUCAAAAAUAUGACAGAAGUGCAAAUCCCUAUCUUGCGAUCCGUUGAGGGAGAGGACAAGAUGGAAGCCUACCUGAACGAGGCCAAUGGAUACGAGCCAGGAUUUCAGAAAUCAUUUUGGGGUGAUCAUUAUCCUCUUCUGUACAGCAUCAAGCAGAAAUGGGACCCCGAUGGGCUAUUUAUCACCCGCAAAGGAGUUGGCAGUGAGGAUUGGGAUGAUGCAGGCAUAUAUAUGAUUGCACAGAGAAACAGGAGCAUGCUUGAGUACCAAAAAGUGGGCAUUUAG